GGCCUGACAGCUGUGGAAGUCUGCGAGCGGCGGGGUUAAGCGCGUCGCCGCUGCUCCGGCCUAGGCGCGAGCCCGGGGAGCUGAAUCUACACCUCAGACCUGGAGCUGCGGUCGCUGCCAUGGGCCUCCGCCUCUUCCGCUACCGCGCCGCACUGCUCCCGAGUGGCCUCCUGUUCCUCCUGAUGCUCGCAGACCCGGCGCUCCCGGCCGGACGUCCCCCACCGGUGGUACUGGUGCCCGGUGAUUUGGGCAACCAGCUGGAGGCAAAGCUGGACAAGCCAACAGUCGUGCAUUACCUCUGCUCCAAGAGGACGGACAGCUACUUCACACUCUGGCUGAACCUCGAACUGCUGCUUCCUGUCAUCAUUGACUGCUGGAUUGACAACAUCAGGCUGAUUUACAACAGGACUUCCCGUGCCACCCAGUUUCCUGAUGGUGUGGAUGUGCGUGUCCCUGGCUUCGGGAAGACCUUCUCACUGGAGUUCCUGGACCCCAGCAAAAGCAGUGUGGGUUCCUAUUUCUACACCAUGGUGGAGAGCCUUGUGGGCUGGGGCUACACACGAGGUGAGGAUGUCCGGGGGGCCCCCUACGACUGGCGCCGAGCUCCAAAUGAAAACGGGCCCUACUUCCUGGCCCUCCGCGAGAUGAUCGAGGAGAUGCACCAGCUGUAUGGGGGCCCCGUGGUGCUGGUUGCCCACAGUAUGGGCAACAUGUACACGCUCUACUUUCUGCAGCAGCAGCCGCAGGCCUGGAAGGACAAGUAUAUCCGUGCCUUUGUGGCACUGGGUGCGCCCUGGGGGGGCGUGGCCAAGACCCUGCGCGUCCUGGCCUCAGGAGACAAUAACCGGAUCCCAGUCAUUGGGCGCCUGAAGAUCCGGGAGCAGCAGCGGUCUGCCGUCUCCACCAGCUGGCUGCUGCCCUACAACUCUACCUGGUCAUCUGAAAAGGUCUUCGUGCGCACACCCACAGCCAACUAUACGCUGCAGGACUAUCACAGGUUCUUCCAGGACAUCAGCUUCGAAGAUGGAUGGCUCAUGCGGCAGGACACAGAGGGGCUGGUUGAAGCCAUGGUGCCGCCUGGUGUGCGGCUGCACUGCCUCUAUGGCACUGGUGUCCCCACGCCAGACUCCUUCUACUAUGAGAGCUUCCCGGACCGUGACCCUAAAAUCUGCUUUGGUGAUGGUGAUGGCACUGUGAACUUGCAGAGUGCCCUCCAGUGCCAGGCCUGGCACAGUCGCCAGGAGCACGAAGUGUCAUUUCAGGCACUGCCAGGCAGUGAGCACAUCGCAAUGCUGGCCAACGCCACUACCCUGGCCUAUCUGAAAAGCGUGCUCUUUGAGCCCUGAUUUCUGUGCCAGCUGGGGCUGUGGGAUGGCUCCCACCGCUGCUCUCUUGGCUUGCGGGGCUACCAUGGCCCGUGAGUUUAGCAGUUUAUGACUGACCGUCUAAGGCCUUGGAUCUUGGGUGGUGAAACGCCUGCCACGGGGACAUGCUAUUUCUUAUCCUUCCUCUCUAAGAGUGAGGAAGGUAGAAGUAGUCUGGACUUACUUGAGGGACCCUUGAUAGAAAGAAUGCUGCUGAUGGUGGAAUUGUGACCUCAGGACUGGCUCUGCAGGUGGAUUGGCUGGCACCUAGCCCCAGUCCCCAGCUCUAGGGCCAUAUGUUCCUCCUACCCCUGUGGCCUUUUCACACUUGCCCACCAGGCCCUGGCUCCUCAACCUUCCUAUGAGGAGUAUUACUGAACUGUGGCCCCUAAGAUGGGCUUGUUGUCCCUAGGGUGAACCUUCUCACACACUGGCCACAGGUCAGCCUGCUGCUGGCCAUGGGUGGCUGGAGCUACUGGCUUCCUCGUGGCCUAGCUGCUCAGAUAGGCUGACUAUGGCUUUCUAGGGGCAGCCCAGUUCUCCCUGCAGGCAGGGGUGGGUUGUUGUGUUCUCCAUGGAUUCCAGGCCCUGGGGCAUUCACUCCUACCUCCUUUACCUCUAAGAACAGCCUAGCUCAGAUUGGGCAGCAGGUGGUCCCUGGUUCUGGGGGCUGUGUCCUAGGAGCCCUGAUCUCCUUCAUUGGGCUGUUGACCACAAGACUGAUGCUGGCUCCCUUCGCCCUGGGACUGUGGUUCAAGCAGGAGAGCAGGGCCCAGUGCCAUGGCCCUUUGGGUAUUCAUGAAGAAAGAGAACUCAAGGAAGCAGCCAGGGCCAUUCUGAGCUGCCAUGAUCUGCCUUCUUGGUAACCCACCACUACAAUCCCACUCUGCUCAAGUGGGCUGGCACAGGGCUGAGAGGAGGUAGGACUCUUUCCUACUCUGCCCAGCACUUGUCCCCACCAGGCAGCUCAGUGGUGUUUAGUCAGCAGGGACUAGCCCAGAAACUUGAGUAGGCCCCUGAGAGCCAGGUGCCUUGGGGGUCCCUUGGGGGUCCCUUGGGAGUUUUCUUUCUGCUCCAGAGGUGCUGCAUGGAUCUGUGCAUAGCAGGGAUGGAGAAUCUGGAUCUGUCUUGGUGGCAGUGGUCUCCAAGUGGGCAAUAGCUAUAGGCCAAGACUUGGGUCUAGCUUCUAGGGUGGGGCUCCAAAGCCACAGUCAGACUGAACUGUGCUGCUGUCCUACAAGGUUUCUGUGGAGUGGAAACAAGGUUUCUCUGUUGCAUUCAUACCCAGCAUCUGUCUCUCCCUUUGUUCUUGAGUUGUUGGCCCCACAUGGGGCUCUGAGCAGGCUGUACCUCGAUUCUGGCAAUAAAAGUAUUUCAGAUGCUGUAAAAUCCUCUGGCUUAGCAAAUCUGCUCUAAGCAUGAGAAGAGUGAGGGGGCUAGAGAGGCAAGAAAUCAGGGGCUAGACCCUGACCUUUCCUGGGACCCUGAUAGGUUCUCAGCACCAAAGCAUGGCUCCUGUGUACUUCUAUGGGCUUCAUCCUCCUGCCUCCUUUCCUGGAAUCUAGUUCCUCUCCUGGGACUAAGAACCAGGACCUGAAACAUUCCCAUUGGAGUGAAGCUCCCCCCUCCCUCUUCUCCCGUCUGGUCAACAGGCCCUAAAUGCCACCCCAGAGCUAGGGGCCAAGGACAAUCCCACAGGACUCCCCUUCCCAGCCUUCUGUCCUCCUUCAGCUUGCAGGUCUCAGCAUCCUUUUAACCCAGAGUUCUUCUUAGGAUGCUACCCUUCUACUUUGCUUUGUCAGUACCCACCAUCUGUCCCUUUUUGAGGACAGAGUGAGACCGACGACAGAGGGAGACCAAGGUGGGCAGAGAGAGGGACUGAGACUGGGGACCAAAUGGAGAUGGAGAAACGGAGAAACAGAGUCCAGGGCAGGAAGCAUGCAUAGGGAUGGGGUCCAGGACUGAAUUUUGUGGUGCAGAGCCCAGAGCUGGGGGCCAGUGAGAGUGGUGGGAGCCCCAGUUCCUGUCUCCUCCACAGAAGCCUGGCCAGCCUGGGCUUCAGGCGCCAAUACACUCUGGGCCACUAGAAGGCGCUCCAAACCUACUCACUGCACAAGUUAUUGGCCAAACCUGGAAGAAUGGGUGGCCCAGAGAGGGUGAAGUUGCCUAGGAAUACAUAGAUCCAGUCACAUCGCUGGCCUUGGAAAAAGGGUGACAGCGUGAAAGGAAGUGAACCCUUAUCCCUGGGUUCCCUAGGUCCUGAUGAGCCUGACUCUUAGCUCUGCCCUGACACCUACCCACUCAUGCUACCCUUAUUGAUGGCCUUGCAGCCACCUUCUCACUUUUGACCCAUUUCAGCCCUACUUUCAUUCUUGAUUUUACAGCUGCAGUGAAAGGACAUGGAACCAUCAGGCCUCAGGACCAGCAGACUGAGGUUCAAGUCUUAGCUCUACCAGCUCCAGCCAAGUAGCCUGGGAAGUCUCCUGACCUCCCGGGGCCUCAGUCUGCUCAUCUGAAGAACAGUGAUGAAUAAAUAUACCGUUCAGGGUGGUCCUGAGGAAUAUUGGUGGUAUUUGAGAAUAUCUAAUUCAGUGCUUGGUUCAUGGUGGGUUUUCUGCCAACAGGCUGCUAUAACUGGAUGUGAGACAGUGAAGCCAGAGGUUCUCUGAGCCGGCAGGUCAUAUAUGCUGCUGUUACAAAGACAAGUGGCCUGGCUGCCAUUGAGUGACACAGGUGUCCAGAGCCCUUUCUUUGCCAGGCCAGGGAGGCAGGAGGAACUGAUCCAGGGGCAAAGCGUCAGACGCUAAUGACUCCAAGUAUAUACAUGCAGACAUACCUCAGAGAUAUUGCCAGUUUGAUUCCAGACCACCACAACAAAGCAAAUAUUGCAGUAAAGUGAGUCAUCUGAAUUUUUUUGUUUCCCAGUGAAUCUAAAAGUUGUUUACACUAUGCUGUAGCCUAUUAUGUGUGCAAUAGCACUAUGUCUAAAAAUAAUGUACCUUAAUUUAAAAAGUACUUUAUUGCCAAAAAAUGCUAACCAUCAUCUGAUAACACAAGUUGCUAUAAACUUUCUAUUUGUAAAAAAAUGUAAUAAAGGGAAGAGCAAUAAGACAUAA